CUCUUAUAAAUACAAAGCCCUAAAAACUAUCUCAAGGCUUCACCAAGAUCGAAGCAUCAAAACCACUAUCUCAUUUACAUUUUGUUUCCUAUAUUAUAUCAACAUUUCCAUCAUCAUCAUCAUGAAAUCAGUGUCACUCAUAGUCAUUCUUCUCAUCUCAUCCUCUCUUUCACCUCAAACCGUAACAUCAUUCUCCUUAUUUCCGUUUCCGUUUCCCCUUCCCAUUCCAUUUUCACUUCCAUUUUCGUUCCCUUCUAUAUUUGGUGGAAUAAUCGGUAGAGAUAAUCACAGCGAGCUAGCUAGGAGGUGCUUCCCUGACCUAGGAGACGGAGAGGCCUGCAUGGCUGAGAUAUUCGGGUCAUUCUUCAACCGUCAGAUAACUAUAGGGCCAGAAUGUUGCAAGGCCAUUGUUGAGAUCGAUGAAGACUGUACACAAGCCGUUUUUAAACAGUUCAGCGAUUCUUUAUUUACUAGUUCCGUCAAGCAGUUUUGCUCUUACAUCAAUAGCUGAUGCAAACUUUGUUUAGGAUAAUUUUUUGGACUUUUUGGUCUAUAAAAGGUUAAAUUUAGACUUAAUUAUAGUUUUGUUUUUAAGUUUAUUUCUGUGAUUUCUUGUUUUGGAUUAUUAUUUUUAAUUAUAUAUAAAACACUGCUGUUCUUUUUCUUAAACAUCUUAUAAAAGGACACAUUCUAAGACGAAGGCUCCACCAUACUCUAUACUUUUUAGAAUAAGAAAAAAAAUCAUUUUUAUUAAAUAAUAUGGGUUCCCACUUAAACAAGUGGUAAAAACUGAGUGGUAAAUUGGAGUAAAUCAUUUUACACUGGACCACCAUAUUUGGAGUAAACAUUUUUUUUCUAUCAUUUGUUUUUUUUCCUAGAUUAUAUUUCCAUUCCAGGAAAGUAGUGAGAAAAUUUACUCUAAUAUGAUGGGUCCGAGUACCUUUUAGUCUACGUUUUGUUGCGCUCGCAGAUCAACCAUCAUAGCCUAAAACCUAUAUAGUAAAAACUAAAGCAAAGAAUGUAAAUUCACUUACUUCCAAGAUGAUCAGUCACCGUGUGUUGUAACACCUCUCUUCCUAUUAAUCACAAUGUGGAAGAGAGAACGUUGUUCAUUGAAGAGGACCACGAUUCUUGGAUACAAAGAGCUGAGAAUAUCACGAAGACAAAAACUAACUGAUCUUGUCAGUCUAAUGGCUCAGAAAUAUCAGAAAUAUCUUGCCAGUUUCUUCUGAUUCUUACUUUUAAU